AUGGUUUUAUACAAGCGAAAACAGGUUACGUUUAUAAGGGCACCAGAGGUGCCCUCCGAUUUGAAUACGGAGGUUUUUCACAUAGCGGCGACGAAGGAAUGGUUUCUUACGUAUGAGGAUUAUUUGCAGAGAAUGGACUAUUAUCAUCGGAAAAAAUUUGUCUGUGAAAUCACCGGGAACUCAUGCUUGACGUUUUUCCAAGCGAUUGAGAGUGAGACCAAGGAAAUACACGAGGUGGAACGAAAUUUUCCAGAGGCUUUGAAGGAACAUAUAUUGAGGUUUUUGCAGUUCAACCGCAUCACGCGGUUGGACCAGUUGGUCGACAAGGUGUACCUGGUGUUUAAGAACGACUAUUUUCCAGGAGAGACGAUUAUUUUGAAAGGGUCGAUUCUUAACGGACAGACUGAGUCGGGGACGAGACAGAGAGGCACGAUUAAGGAAAAAAUCCAGUAUAGUAAUCCGUCAGACGGGUUGUUGACGAAAUAUCUUGUGGUUCGGGCAAACGACCAGAAACAAGCGAUAGUCAUAAACGAAAAGAUAUCACGAGACAGAAACCAUUUCACGAAAUGGCUUAUUAAGGCAUUUAUAAAGUUAACUAUGACCAGAUCGCAUAAGGUAGGCGCCCCAUGGGUGGUAAAAAAUAAGUUUGCUAAGAAAUACAGAAUCAACCAGAAAUAUCCUGACGAUUUGAAACAUUUUCAAUCGUCCACUCCGAGUGGUGAUAUUAUGUACGAAGGCGACGAGUUACCGUCAGCAGCAUUAGAGGUUCCUAAUGGAUACCGUAAAUUGGCCAAGAAGCCUGCUGCUUCUUCGUCGAAGAAUUUAAAGAAAAAAGCUGCUUUGAAUAGUAUAUUGGAUGAACCACCACCGGUAAUGACCCAAGAAGAUGAUAUAAAGAAGAGAAUUCCACCUCACCACAUUCCUGAUGUCUUGUCAGAAGUUGACGAGGAUGCACAUAAGUCAAGUCCUCAGCCAGCUUAUCCUACGUCCAAGAAGCUGGCAGUGAGCGAUUUGAAUCUUAAAUUCAAUUUACAGUACUCAAAGCCUAUUCCUGAAGUCCUAGCUGUACCAGAGAAUGCUAAGAGUUGGAACAAUCAUUUAAUCCAAAAACAUAAGGAAGAACAAGAAACCGAUACAAAAUUGGACCCUGAAAUGGAAGACGAGAUCAAGCGUCUUGGAGUCAGGAGUGUCAAAUCAAUUCAGGAUGCGUUGGAGACUUGGGUAUUCUUAAAUGUGUAUCACUCUGUUUUAAAGUUAGAUACAUUUACAUUUGAUGAUUUUAUAUAUGCCAUGGGUUGGACUCAUGACCAAUUCAAAAGGAUUGGUAGAUGUGAACUAUUGGAUGAAAUAUGGUGUGCUGUCCUCGGGGCUAUAGUGUCAAAUGAAGUACCAAAGAACAAGUCCUUGAAGCUUGAUAGCGACGUCAUAUAUGGAUUACAAAUUACCUUACCCGCGGAAGAUUCAUAUAUCAAUCCCCCCUCAAAGGAUGACAACGAAAACGAAAUUGGUCUCGAAGAGAGAGGUUCCGAUACUGACAUCGAAGAAAAUAUAUUGAAAAGUGAAGACGAUGCUGAUAAUGACGAAAGCCACGAGUCGCUCGAAAUAAUCAACGGUUCUAAAGAUAACGCAAAAGUUAAAUCUGAACAAGAAGUGAAACUCGAUGAUGAGAAUGAUGGUGAUGAUGAAGAGGAAGAAGAAGAAGAAGAAGAAGGUAACGAUGAAAAUGAAAAUGAGGAUGAACUCGAUGAAGAUGAAGAUCGUGAACAUAAUGCAUAUAUUGUCAUGAAUUAUCGUAAUAUUCCAUGGCACGAGCGCCUUCGUAAAAGAAAUUUCAGAGACGGUAAUUGGCAGUGUAUUUUACUUGGUGUAUUAUCGCUAGUUGAAUAUGUGCCCGCUUUUAAACCAGCCAUUGAUAAGGUGUACCGCGUAUUGGCGCCUAUUGAUAUGCCACCAACUUCCAGUACUGUAAUGAAUCAAUUUUACAAUGCUCUAGAUAUCGACUUGAAAUUACAGGUUUUAAGCAUUCUUGUUUCAUUAUUAAUGAAUGGUACGCAGGUUAGAAAUUACAUUGAUGAAUGCUUGGAUUCAUCUACUGUUUUGAGACGUAAUAGGUUGGACAAUAUAAGAGACUACAAGGUUGCAUACGAUUUAGCGCAGAAAUUACACGUUGAAAUACAUGAGAAGUUAAUGAACGCAAAAGAAGAGAUGGAGAACGCUAAAUCCAAAUCCAAGUCUAAGUCUAAGAAUAAACUGAAAGGAAAAGAUUCGCAAACUGCCGUUAAUACUGAUGCAGUUAAGAGAAGAAUGCCUAGGCUCAAUUUACAGACGUUUGAAAUGACUGAACAAGAAAGCAAAUUAGCCGAAGAUGAUAAGGGAUUCAAGGACCUUUGUGAGCAAAGGAAGGAAGCAUUGCUUAGUAUUGAAAAGUAUAAGCAAACUAAGCGUCAACUUGAAAAGCAAUUGAAUGAAAUAGAUUGCCAAAGAGUCAAGUUAUUGGGAAAGGAUCGUUUAUAUAAUAGAUAUUGGUGGUUUGAAAAUAAUGGUUUGCCUACAUUGCACAGUAAUACAAAUGACGUGGAUGAUAAUGAUGACGAUGAAAAUACAGCUGCCAAUAUGAAUAACGAUGAAGACGAUGAUAAUGAUGAUGAUAAUGCAGUUUUGGACGAAACUUACCUUAUGGGGAAAUUAUGGGUUCAAGGUCCUUCGAAUGAAGAUUUAAGGAUACAUUUCGAGUCAAAUUUAGAAGAUAUUGAUAAAUACCAUAAUUUGUACUUGAAUUAUGAACAAGAAUUGGAAAAUUUUUAUAAAUGCAACAACGACCAAGGAGAAGAUAAUGAGGAUUUUAAAGAGAACAAUAAGGAACCGUUCAAGCAAAUGAAUUUCAAUAAAUUGCCUCUUGGUUUCCGUAGUAUGAGUUCCGAAAUGUUUGGAUUGUCAUUUGAGCCUAAUCAGGUUACAAAAUUAUUGCCGGACUCAAAAGAGAAGGAUAUAGUGAUCGACCAUUUAGGAGGCCUAACUGUCUCAUCAUUAGUUAACUACUUGACUCCAUUGCAACGUAAAGUUCUAGAAGAGAACCCAGAUCCUUUAUUUAGUGGAUCAUACUGGAGAUUCUAUGACAAGCCGGAACAAGUAACAAAAUUAAUUGGCUGGUUGAAUCCUUGGGGUGAAAGAGAAGCUCUGUUGCGUAAAGAAUUAUUAGUUGUUAAGGAAGCGAUAGUUCAAAGUAUGGCGGCUAGAAGAAAAGCAUUAUCUUUAGAUCAGCAAGAAACUAAGGAGUUGGAGUUAGAACAUAAUAUUCAUCAGGUGACUGAAAAGCUAAAGUCUUUAGGUAAAGAUAUUGACUCAAUAUCUAAUCUGAAUGAAGAUGAAGCUGAAUCAGAAGAAGUACAAGAAGAAGAGGAUGAGGAGAAUGAAGAUGAAUUAAGAGUUGGUCGUAACAAGCGUCUGAGAAACAAAGUAGUUCCCUCGAAACGUCAAAAGACCAAGUCGUUCGCUGAUAUAAUAGGUAGCGACAACAUAAAUGAAUUGUCCAAAUUAUAUUCGGACUUGUUGAAUGAAUUACAAGAAGCAAAAGAAGAAAAAGAACUAUCCCGAGUUCUAGAGUGGGUUAAUUCCAAAGCCAUCGAUAAAUUUGAUAGGUCACUUUAUGAAGGAGGCGAUAAGUCUAAGGCUAGAACUAAAUCGAACAAAUAA